AUGAAGCUCAACGUCCUUAUUCCUGUCGCCUUCCUAGAGCUCGGCGCGCUCGCUCUUCCAGGAAGUCUUGACACGCGGGCCGCUCCAACGAUCUACACCGCUGGUGAUAGCACCAUGGCCGCCAAGGGUGCCAAUAAUGGAUUGACAGAUGGAUGGGGGCAGUACCUCUCCAAAUACGUGAGCGUACCUGUGGUAAAUAAAGCAAUGGGUGGCCGUUCAGCGCGCAGCUACACCCAUGAAGGCCGUUUCACAGCAAUCGCCAACCUUGUCAAAGCUGGAGACAUUGUGGUAAUCGAAUUUGGCCAUAACGAUGGCGGAACCCCUAGCUCGGCUUCAGACAACAAACGCAGUGACUGCCCUGGAACUGGCGAAACAACUUGCAAGUCCGGUCUCGACGGGUCAACCGUCUACACAUUUGAUCACUAUGUCAAAGCUGCGGCUAAGACAUUCAUCGCCAAGGGAGCGAAGGUCGUGUUUAGCAGUCAGACACCUAACAACCUUUGGGAGGGUGGAGUGUACUCUGUGACAGCACCAAGGUUCGUGUCGUACGCUGCGCAAGCCGCUAAGGAAGUUGGCGUGGGCGCAAGCUUUGUGGAUCAUUUUCAAGCCGUUGCCAACAUGUACAAGAAGCUUGGCUCGUCGGCAACGAACGCGUUGUACCCUAAGGACCACACACAUACGAGUCCCAAAGGAGCAGAUCUGUCCGCGCAAGCUUUCGCCCAGGCCAUCAAAUUGGCCCUGAACGGUACUACCCCUCUAUCACCGUACCUAAAUGCCCACAACCCAACAGUAUGGUGA